UUGGAUAAAUUUCAACAAAUGGAUCAAGUUUAAACUCAAGUAAUUAGAAAUCUCAUACAUCACGCAAGACCAGUAUGUUAUACAGACGUCAGUGAGUUUAGCGAUUGCAUCGAAGGGGUUGGUUGGCUGAAUGAAUUUGCAAGCCUGUGUUGAAAUUUGUUGUAUUUUAUAAUGAAAACAGACAAUUUUAUUCAAAUAAUUAAAUUUAAUGCAUAAACAUCAGCCUAUUAUUUUAAGACGUAGGCUUAAACCUUCCACCUUUCCGAACAAAAUUGAAAUUUUGCACAGCACUGAGUAGCCUACACUCUUUGCGGUGGAGUAUUUAUAUUUCCCAAAUCUGCGUCCUUGUAGAAAGAAAACGGGAAAUAGAGGGAAUAAAUUCAAUCAUCACUCGUGUCGAUGGUGAAGCGUAAGAAGGAACCUAGGGGAGAUGAGACACCAGCCGACGCCGCGAAGAAGGGGGUGCAGGUGCAGCCUGGGACAAAUGAGGAAAUUAGUUCGGAUCGAAAAGUGAUUCAUCUGGAAGAAUCGGCUGAAAUGAAGGCGUCCCAUAUCGAGGGCGUUGUGUCCGAGAAUGGACCAACACAGUCUACAGACACGACAGACUUGCCAGCGCCCGAGACUAAACAAGAGCAGCUUGCUCCAGUCCGGCCGCCGCUCAACCACCCGUUCCUUAGAUCUAGUGUAAAAAGAAAGAAAAAAGAGCCAACACCCCCACCUUCGCCCCCCAAACCAGAUGAGACAGAGAAAGCUGAAGUCAAGCCUGACAGGAAGAGAUGCUGGGAGGCAUGGAGUGAUGGAGAAACAACGCUGUUCUUUGAAGCUGUUAAUGAGUAUGGAAAAGACUUUGAUGCCAUUCAGAAGUACAUCGAUCAGCGACACAAGAAGCUUGGCUUGGCAGCUCAUCAAGUCAAAAACAAAAACCAGGUGAGGCAUCUCUACUAUAGAACUUGCCACAAGCUUUUCACCUUCAUCUCACCCAAGCCAGAUCAAGAGAGGACAGUCAGUGAACUUUUUGCCCUUAUCAACUUUGGUGAGCUAAGGAAGAAACUGAAUUUGAAGGGAGGAAUCACCCGAAAAGUGGGACAGAGACUCAAUCAACUCGUCACUACAGGGCAAACUGUGAUUCGUGUUCGUGGCCAGAACCGACGAGUUAAAACCCCUCUCUGCAAGGCUCUCAGAAAACUCAAAGGUGAUGAAAACAAGUCAGACCCAUAUAAAUUACCCGCUCAUGUCUUGAUGGAGUUACAGCCCAGGAACAACAAGGCAUGGGCAUCAGUGCAAGGCACAGCACACAACCCAAGAGUAAGAUUAAUGAUUUCUCUCAAGAAGAAUCUAAGUAGCAUCAUUAGCUAUCUCAAUGAGAAGUGGACACCUCAUCGCUCAAAGCUUCUGAACACACUGAAGCCUACAGGUGAGUUGAAAGAUUCUCUGCGGCUACGGCUGGUGCUUCCAGAAGGAGUAGAAGUGACGCCCCAUAAUCAGGUGACUGGACGCUAUAUGCACAGUGACAGCAGAGCUGUUUUUUCAUUGGAUACUGAAGCUCGGGUCACCAAGGCUGUAGCCGCAUCCAAGGCUGCCAAGAUCCAACGUGCAGCGGCUGGAAAUGUUGCUAUGCCAUCAACUCGCACUCCAACCGGGAGUAGCCUGGAUUGCACCAAAGAUGUCCCCGGGUUGGACAAAACAGCAGCUGACAAGGCUAACUGUGACAGUACCACUGCGGGGGGCAAACCCAGAAAGUACAAACCCCGUAAGAAGGCUAAACUUGCCAAAAUAGAAGAGUGUACCAAUGAUGUGGGGGACCAGGAAGUGCAACUGGUGAACAUAGUAACCUCAAAUCACGGUAGAAAAUCGGAAGACUUGGAAUCCAUGGAAAUCAGCAAGAGCGAUUCAUCCAAGAGUCCUGUGAAACCAGAGGUGAAUGAAACAGAGAAAAUUGAGACAGAAGAGGCAGUGCAGGCAAAUGCAGAGAAAGAGACAAUUCCUCUGAAGGAAAUGGAAUGGACAGUGGCGCCAGCGAAGGAAUUUACCAAAGAUGAACAGUUGAUGGGAGAGCUAUCAGCACAGAACUCCAAGAAUCUUACCAUGACGGAUAUUUAUUUAAUGUUGAAUAUGCCAACCCGUUUAAAGUUCGAGUAUGAGUUUGUGAAGGAUGACAGUGGCUCGGGUAAUAACAAGUCUUCCAGUGAGUCUAAUCUCCUGCAUAAACUGUUUGCAAUCGCCAGCACAGAGUUCACGGACAUCAGGAAACCAAGAAGGAGUGUCUCUGUUGGCACAGUAACAUCUCCUCCACGCUUCAAUGCGAUGCCAGGCACCAAUGCAACGCCGCCGUCUAAGGCCUCCUUCAUUUCUCAACUCUCCAAGAGCCCCAGCAAUGCACGAGGCCAGAGAAGUGCCACCAGCAAUGGCAUGAUGCGAGUCAACUCACGACCUACAGCCAAGCCCAGUGGUGGGGGAAACGCUAAGGAUAAAGACAGUGGAGUGUUUGUUACACCUGCUGUACCAUCGCCGCAGCCUCACUGCCUAGCCUCAGUGGAGUCCUCAACCACUGCAGCAGAGAAGCUGUUCAUGGCACAAAUUGAAUCACUGCAGAAGCAGCCAACUUUCCUUAAGCCAAACAGCAGAAGAGGCAGAAAGCCUCUGGUUGUACAGAGAACAUUGCUACCCAGACCCCAGUCUGAGCACAAAGGUCCUACGAGGCACAUGAUGUCCAUGUCUAAAACUGGUCAAUUCACACCAGUCCAGCUGGCUAUUCCAGACAGUGUCUGUCAGAAGACCAUAGUGCGACCAGUCCCUAUCGCCCCAGGACCAGCUGCUGCUGGUUCUCUGUCAGGCAGUGCAUCCUUGGCAAAGGCUAAGCCAAGCAAGGCAUCCAUGCCAUCCAACACAGAUGGUACCAGCAGUCCUGUUGUCAGCUACGUUGCAUCAUCUGUUAGCUCUAAAGGCCCAUCAAUGGUUGCUUCACCCCUCAGUGCUCCCUCCCCUGUGUCCUCUCUUGCCUUGUCCACGCCCACAGCCUUGCUCCCAGGAGGUGUGGCCCCAAUGAAUGAGAUUGAAGCAGCCAGUGCAGCAGCAGGUAUAGACAUCACCCUGAGACCUAGCCCACCGGAGCACACACAGCCAGCCCACCUAUCACCCCUGCCAAUAAACACAUCCUGUGUCCCUUGCACUGAGCCCACCAAGACCCCCAUGCUGAACCCCAGCCCCCAGAUCAUCGAUGACACUAUGGAGAUUGUGUCAGUCACUCCCAGCAGCAGCUUUGAAAUGCCCGAGACUAGUGCAACUCUGGGCACAGGGGGUACAGUGGGCCAGAAUUUUGCAAUCCCUGCUCCUAACUUGUCAUCAUUGCUGGAGAAUUCAUUGCCCUCAUCUGCUGCUGCAGGUGGUGGAGAUGGUCUAAUGGACAUACCCAUGGGUUCAGAGUCAUUCACUGGCUUCAACCAGCAGCUUUCUCCAAACACUAGUAACCCCAGCGUUAUGUUGCCCUCUAUGUCCCCAGUGCGUGGGUCUGGUACCACAACUCCACCACUGCACAUAUCUAGUCCGUCCUCAUCCCCAUUCAAGCUCAAUUCUCUCAGUCCAGACAACCAGUGGCUCAAUGGAGAGAAUGUGGACAUUUCACUGAGCAGCAUCCUUGCCAAUCUUGAGUCUCCUGAGAAGAAGGAGAGACACAGCAUCAUCAGCUCCACCUCUGGUUCAUUAACCAUCCCCCAACCCAGCCUCAUGAUCGAAUCCUCCAGGGAUUCCUCCAUGUCCAAAGAUGUGGACACUCAUUUGCAAUAUAUGAUGAAUGAGAACAGUGUAGACUAUGUGGCAAAGUUUGCUGACCUAGCUGCUCAAAUAACGGCUCAGCAGGAGGCACAGAAGGAGACAACAGUCAGCCACUGAGGGAAAAGUCAAGUAAGUUCUCACUGCCAUUACUGCCACUGCAUUACAAAAUGGGAAUGAGGGCUACAGGAAUUGAGAUAGGAUGUUAAGCUUGCCUUGUUAGUUGAAAACCCACUGAGGUUGUCAUUUCCACAUUCAGGGCUGUUCCCUCCUCCCUGUGAGGAAAUAUGCCCAGCUCUUUGGAUAUGUGCCUGCUGUUGUUGUUUGAUCAUUAAUGUGGUUAUCGUUAAGAUCAUGGCAGAUGUAAAGUCCACGCAUCCUACAUGUGUCUUAAAUUCACGAGAUGUUGUCUGGGUGUCCUUGUUCUGGACCCCCCAAAAAGCAUAGAUGACCCAUUCAGAGGUGAAAUUUUAUCAUCAGUUGAUGAGUUCUUGGUGCUAUGUACUGCUCUAAGAUAGGUGGAACAAAGGUUGCUUUGUGAGAUAAACCACUGUUCACAAAAAAUUGGUUACAGCCUCAGGAUGAAGUGAUGUUCCACUGCAGCGGUAUAUGCUGUUAAUGAAAUGAUACAGUGUUGUCCAGAGUGAUAAGGGGCAGGAGGUGGGGAGAAUUUAAUGGUCUCAUUGUCAAAGUAUGGUGGUAAGAUUUGGUCGGAGAUAAAAUUAAACCACAAACCUUUUUUUGUAUCCAUCAUAGCUGUGCUGCAAGUUGAAGCUGAAAUGUAAGGUUUUCUGCAUCAGGUCUUGAGUUUACAUAAUUGGAUACAUAAUUGCUACUUGCUGCUGUCAAGUGUAAUUGAGUGUGAAGUUACACAUUUUGGGAUGAUAUUUUGAUUUUGUAGGUUUUGUUCGUAAAAGCUGUGCCAAAUACAAAUAUGAGUUAAAUUGUAAGGCCGUGCAAGCCACAAGAUGAUCUUCAUAAUUUAUUUUGUUAGAAUUAUUAAACAACUCACUGAAAGCACAUUCUUUGUUUUGUUUAAUUGGAUUAGCCUCUGUUCUCAACAUCCUCCAGCCCAGGAGGCAGGUUUAUGUUACAUAAACUUGUUUCAGUUCAUGUUAUUCCUUUGAUCUAAAGUAUUUAUACUCACAAGACACGUUUCUACCCAUUGCAUGUGUACAUUGCUACCUAAAGGCAUGUCAAAAUGAUGAAAGCUUGAAAAUGAAAAGAACGGGCCAAUUGCAAAUACAUCCAAAUUUGCACCAUUAUAAUUUCAAAUGGUUUCUUUGGAAAUAAUAUUAUUCGACUGUUAAUUCUCUGACAGUUAUAAUUAUGUAUUGUGCAUAUCUUAGCUCUUUUCUAAUUAUUUGAUAUAUAUCUUUUGUCACAUGAAUAUAUGUUGGAAUGUAUUCAUGUAACUUCAAUUGAAGUUCUUCUGAAGAUUUCGUCUUUGCAAGUGACUCUUUGACUACAACAGAGAACUUGUUCUCCAUUUUGAACUAGCGCUUUCAUUAGAUCAGUAUUUCUGUGCUGUGUCAUAAUUAACUUCUACCAUUUUGUGUUAUUUAUGAGCAUUUUACAUUUGCCCAACGUGCAAUAAGUGUCAUGUAAAUACAAUCCUUUAUAUUCAAAGGAGUGUCUUAUUUGAUCCUUUUUUGUGAUAUGUCAGUAGCCACCAGUAUUCAAGAAACGUGGACAAAAAAAUUGUUACAAGUAUACACAGAAUGAGAGAUAUGAAUAAUUAAUGCCAUUAGACUACCAAUGGAAGUUGCUGAGCUUGCUAUCAAGGAAAGGGGUACAUGUUGCUGAGCAAAAGUUGAAGUUAGACUGCUAGUCCUCAGAUUCAGCCAAGUGUUUCUUGAGACUUUGAAAGAUCAGAACCAAUGUUGCAAGGAUUUCUCUGACAAUGCAAGUUUAUUGCAAGGGAAAGUGCUGUCAACACAAAAUUGGUUGAAAUUGAGACAUCUCUGGUAAUGAUGGUGUUUUGCUCAGAAAUGCCCCAAGCAGUUUAUAUUUCCAAUAUUGUCAAUGCAGUGGAGUCACAUUCCUGGCCUUCAUGUUGACAGUAUUUUGGUGCAGAAUUUCAGUCAGAACUUACUUCUUAGUCAUUCAUAAGUUUGAAGUACGUCUUGUAAAUUUGAAAUUUUGUGAAAGUCUUCCAGGCAAUUGUAUUUAAAGUUUUGUACAUGUAUUUGUGAGGAAAAUCUCACAGGUUUUGUGGACACUAUGAGUUUUAUAAUUCCUUUUUUAAAGUGAGUGCAGUAUUGCAAAUUUGAGAGGGCGCUAUUUAAUCCCUUAUCCCAUGGUGAUAGGGACAAUCUCACACAUUUUGUCUCAAAUGACCUACAGUGUGUUUCAUAUGUGCUGUGUUGACUCUGAAAUGACUCAUUUAAGAAAAGACACAUUGAAUGUGCACUUUUACUUACAUUGAAAUUAUAACAAAAUGCAGAAUAGUGUUUUGCCUGAUAAAGAGGGGUAGGCUUUUCUUUUUUUCUCCUGCCCACUCUAGACUAUAAAGGGAGAAAGUACCAAAGCACCAUAACCAAAAAUUUUGUGUGGUGUUUGAAAUAUAAUUGAUAUUCCUACAUUCUACUGUUGUCAUGGGAAUUUUCAUAAAUGUCAAUCCUGUUUGUUGCUCUUUAACCCUAAAAAGAGCUGGGUUAUUUUGGACCAUCUCAUGCUGGUGGGGGAUUACAUCCCCUCCCCCCCAAAA